AUGUCUUACGUAGAUGAUAGCGACACAUAUGAAGAGGACAUCGAUGAUUUGCCUGAGGAUGUCGACAACGAGUUCAAGACCGUGGAAGAGUAUGACCCGUUUGAAGCUUCGUUAAUGAUGGGGGCACAAUUUCAACAACUUGUAAACAUAUACGAGAGUUCUUCGUCCGCAUUUCCACCAUUAAGAAGAAUCCCCUACCGAGAAUCCACGUACUCGGGUUUGGACUGGGUAAAUGAAUUGUUAGCUGGAAAUCCACGUCGAUUUAAAGAUGCAAUGGGCAUAAAUCAAUGUCAUUUCACCAUCCUUUGUGACGAAAUCAAAAGGGCUGGAUUCCACCCCAAAAGAAGACAAACAAAAAUAGGCAUUGAAGAAAGCGUAGCCAUUUUUCUGCAUACAAUAAAAGGGCAUCAAAGGCAACGAUUUGCGGCUGAAACAUUCAGAAAAUCAGGAGAGACAAUCAGUCGUCAUUGUCACAAAGUCAUCAAUGCUCUUUGUUAUCUCGCCUCCGACUACAUUCGUCCCCCAGACUUCAACCGUGUUGCACCGUGGAUAAGAAAUAACCGGAAUUUAUAUCCUUACUUCAAGGACUGCAUUGGUGCAAUUGACGGGACUAUUACGUGGGUGCCAGAAGGACAACAGGGUUCCUACAGAUGUAGGAAAGGGUAUUUGGCACAAAAUGUGAUGUUGGCGUGCGAUUUUGACCUGAAGUUCACUUUUGUUCUAGCGGGAUGGGAAGGCAGCGCAAACAAUGCACGCAUUUUCAAUCAGACGUUGUCAGACCCUAGAUAUAAUUUCCCCUAUCCACCGCCCGGUAAAUUGAACAUGACACGAUUAAAAUGUUAUACUGUAGUUUAG